UUUGUAAAAUAUUAAACAAAUAUAAUAAAAAACGUCCAUAAAAUAAUUUUAACGGUAUUGCAAAAUUUCGUAUUAACCUAUAAAUUACGACAAUCUGUCAUAAAUAUAUAUGUAAAAGUACUGAAGAAUUUCUGAAGUUGGUUUUUCAUCUACUGCAUAAUUCUAAAGCAGUGCCGUGAAGUUGGAUACGUAUCAAAUAAUUUAAAAAAAGAAGAUACUAUUUCCGGAAUUCAAAAUGGAACUUUUGCAUAAAAUGCAAAAUACAUAAAAUAAACAAAAAGUAAUUUAUAGAAGAGACAAUUAAAUAUCUAUGAAGUAAAGUAGCAAGAUUAUAAAAUUAUUUAUUUAAUAAUUAAUAUGUGAUUAUUUUACUGUGAAAAGUUCUAUGGGUAUGAAUUUGGAGGGGAGUUUCCGGUUAGCGUAGUGACGUGAAGUUCUCAACGUGUUGCUGUUGUGCAUGCCUUGUGUGCUCGCCGCCACCAUCGCGACCGCCGUGAAGUGCGCAUCGUUAGUACCGUGUUGUGUGUACAUAUAAAUGGCGGCUGACGAAAAAUGGUACUUUACGAAAGAACAGCUUACAAACACGCCGAGCAGAAGAUGCGGCAUCGACGCGGAUAAGGAACUAAGCUACCGGCAGCAGGCAGCAAAUUUCAUUCAGGAUAUGGGACAGCGGCUUGUGGUGUCACAAUUAUGUAUCAACACAGCAAUAGUAUAUAUGCACAGGUUUUACGUAUUCCACUCGCUGUCACAUUUCCACAGGAAUGCAAUUGCAGCAGCAGCAUUAUUUUUGGCAGCAAAAGUCGAAGAACAACCACGCAAGUUAGAACAUGUUAUCAAAACAGCUCACAUGUGUCUCCACAGAGAUCAGCCCUCACCUGAUGUCAGAUCUGAGCAAUAUCUUGAGCAAGCUCAAGACUUGGUUUUCAAUGAAAAUGUUCUACUGCAAACAUUGGGGUUUGAUGUCGCCAUUGAUCAUCCCCACACACAUGUUGUUAGAUGUUGUCAACUGGUUAAAGCGAGCAAGGACUUAGCCCAGACUUCAUACUUCAUGGCAUCUAACAGUUUACACUUGACGACCAUGUGUCUGCAAUAUAAACCAACAGUAGUCGCCUGUUUUUGUAUUCAUCUUGCAUGUAAAUGGUCUAAUUGGGAGAUACCACAAAGUACUGAAGGGAAACAUUGGUUCUGGUACGUCGACAGAACUGUGACAUCGGAACUUUUACAAGAACUUACAGCCGAAUUUCUUCAUAUAUUUGAUAAAUGUCCAUCAAGAUUAAAAAGAAAAAUAAUGAGCAUAUCUGCAAAUCAAAGUCCAAGCAUUAAUCAUCCUAGUUUACCAAAUUCACCCUUUGAUGCGGAACCUCGCAAGGUACAGUCUCCUGCGACGACGGUCGAUGGUGGACCCACAUUUCAUACAAAUCGACCUCAUCAAACGGAGAAACAAGAAGAAAAGAAGCAAAAUGCUCCUGUUCCUGCGAGACCUCCUGUAGAUUAUCGGGAAUAUCGAGAAAAGAAAGAACGUGAACGUUUGGAAAGAGAGAAAGCAUCAGCUCCAGUAACAGUUGCGCAAAGUCAUGUGUCAGAUAUUAAUAAGCAUCAUUCACAUCACCAUAAACCUGUAUCUAGUACAAAUGUGCUAAAUAAACAUCCAUUGCCUCUUGGACAGAAAACACUUCAUCAUAAUCAUCAUCAUAGACCAGAUAUAAAAGUUGGACAACCAGUACCUCAGAGGCACUCGUGUACUCAAGCUAGAGAACCAAGACGCGAUCCUAAUAGACAAAGGUUGCAAAGAGAGUACAAUUCAAAUACUGGUACAAGUAGCAGUAGUAGUAGUAGUAGUAGUACUCUCCAUUCUCACAGUCAUGCUGUACCGAAGGAACCAACUUUGGAUAAUUCUUUGAACGAUUCUACUCAUAGAUCAGAUAUUGGAACAUUACAAGAGCCAACAUCUCAUGGAAAUAUACAAGAAAAACUUAGUAAUAAUAAUCAUAGUGUACACAGAUUAAGUGGUGUAGAGAAUAAACAUCAAGGUCAUGACAAGAGAAUGUAUGAUCCAAGGCAUAAACUUGUAGAACACAGAAAAGAUUGUGAACAAAAACCAUAUAAAUAUCCAGAUCCAACAAGAAUCGAUCGACAAAGAAAAUCUGAUUCAUUGGAACAGAGAUGUGAGGAAGUUAGAAAACUUAUUGAGAAACCAUUACCUCCACCAAAACCAUCGAUUGAUGUAACUUAUACUUCAAAUACACAGAAGCCAUCACACCAUACAAAAUAUAAUCAAUCAGAUAAAUUACAGACUAGUACAAGUUCAAUUACUGAUGUGAAAUUGAGUACUAGCCAAAGUUCAUUUUCGCAAGAAAAAUCUCCGAGUAGCUCGGUUUCAACUUCAUUACUUACUCAGAAACCGUUAACUUCGAAGACAGUAUCCAGUCAACAUACUGCUCAUGGUGUAUCUCAGAUAUUAAAGGAUACAAUUAAAAAUAGUAAUAAUUCACAAUCAUCAAGUUUAACAUCUUUAAAUAAUCUUGACGAUCCAAAAACUGAAAAGCGACCGCGACAUGAUGAUAUAGAUAAAGGUUCGUCCGAUAUUCAACAGAAUGUGUUACAAACUCCUCCUAGUAAACCGAAAUCAUUAUUCAGUCCAGAAAAAGUACCAACGCCUCGAGAAUCUCAUUCACAGAGGCCUAAAACUAAACAAAAGACGCCACUUUCGGCUGCAAAAGUUCCUAAACAAGAACGUGUACCAGAUACAUCGAUAGGCUUUAAUAUAGUAUCACCUUUUGCAAGUCCACCAGGUUUACAACAAGAAACACAAACAAUUAAACGAUCGGUUAGCGAUGUAUCCACAACGUCCCACAAACGGCAUCGUACAGGUAGCACUAGUGAAAGUGGACAGCAAGUGAAAGUGAAAAUGGAUGAUACAUCCAGUUUUGAAGCUGCUAAAAUGCUUGGUAGAGUACCAGAAUUGAUACAACCUAUUAGAGACAAUCCAUCGGCGAAUGGCAGAGCUACGCAAAUUGCAAACGAUAUGAAACCACCAGAACUCAUUAAACCAUUUGAUUCUGAACCAACAAUAUCACGAUUUGGCACUAUACCUACACAUCAACAACUUUCUUCGAAUCAGCAAGGUUUGACAAAUGGAUUAGAUAUUAAUAAUAUAGUAAAGCAAGAACCUCAAGAAUUCCAAAUUAAAAAGGAAUCUUAUAAGACAGAUAUGUCGAUAAAAGCUGAACAUUCUCAAAUUAAAAGCGAAUAUUUGUCACCAAUGAAAUCUGCUCAAAGUAUAAGUGCUCUGCUUCAAGAACCUUUACCAACUAUGCCAUCGUUAUUGCAACCAUUCAAUCAAAUACCAUCACAACAAGUUCAUCAAGAACAGUUUCAACAACAAUUGCAACAACAACAGCAGCAACAGCAACAACAGCAGCAGCAGCAGCAGCUUCAACAACAACAAACAUCACAACCACAACAUCAGCCACCUGUAUCUCAUUCGAUGAUGCUUACGCAACAAGAAUCUGCUCAAAAUCAGUGUUUGCCUUUAUCAUCGGUCAGCGAACCUGUGGUAGCUUCAACUGUUGAUAUAAGUGCUAUCUCUGGCCCUGUACAAACUACUACAGAAUCCAUUCUUUCUGUCCCAACAUCGACAACUAUAACAGUCGCACCUCCUGCAGAAGAAAAGAAAUCGGAACACCACAAAAGUGAAAAGAAAAAGAAAAAAGAGAAACAUAAACAUAAAGACAAAGAAAAGAGCAAAGAGAAGCAUAAACACAAACAUAAAGACAAAGAUAAAGAGAAACAUCGGGAUAAAGAUAAAGAGAAAGGAGAAGAGGCUGUACCUGCGGUACCUAUAAAAAUUACAAUUCCUAAAGAUAAAUUAAAUCUAAGUACUGAAUCGACAGGAAGCUCUGCUGGAAGUACAGUGCCAACUGAUAAGAAUAAAUCUCCUCAAAACACAAGUAUCAAGAUUAUUAUUCCUAAGGAACGACUGAAAGGUACCGACAGUGUGUCGAGUUCGCCGGCCCAUUCUGUCGUUCAGGCUCCGUUAAAAAUCAAAAUUCGUACGGAUGGGAUCUCGAGAAGUUCCGGUGCACCCUCGACGACAAGCAGUUCAAGUACCAUCGUUCCUGCAGAGUUCGCCAAUGAGAAUCGAAAACGCGAUCGUUCUGAAAUGAAGGAGAGCCCAACUAGUGUUCCACCAGCAAAGAAGCAAUCGCAGGUCUCUUCGGCGGGUUACGGACAGCAUCGACCGGGCGAGCGGCAGAACGGCAGACAUUAUAGUUCAGGCAGCAAUAACAAGGUACGUGGAGGCGGUAGAGGCGGCCGCCAGUAUAUCGGGCGUGGUCCACCACCAGCAGGAUCGGCGGGCCAUUACAGUGCUCCCGGCCAGCGCGACGGCUACUAUCAGCAAGAAACCUACAAUAGUAACAAUGCCCGUAACCCACACCAUCCCCAUCCAUCCUCAGCUCGUGGUGAUCCAGGCUACUCAAGGGCUGGCCAUGUAAAUCAAUCGCAGCCAGAUUCUUAUUUCUUUGCUAAUUAUCCGCCACCCUCAAUAUUCAAUCCUGCCGGAUACAUUUACGAUCCUGUCAUGUAUUACUCGCAAUAUCAGCAACAAUACCCAAUGUAUCCGGCGGGUAACGUUAUCAUGACACCAGAUGGUGCCAUUGAUACGUCCGUACCACCACCAUCGUUACCACCGAACAUACGACACAAUCAGAGCAUGAUCCCAGUUCCGUCUGCUCGGCAGGAACCCAAGACACCACCGCCAUUGCCGAGCGGACCACCUCCUAGUUCCUCACCACCACCACCUCCUCCACCGGAAUAACGUUCGUACGGAAAUCCUGUCUUGUAGUGGACUUCAAAGGUAGUUUCCAAAUUAGAAUAAUACAGCCACUUCUUGCUUCAUUGUCGUUUUAUCCGGCAAUUGUCUUCUUUCUCUCAUUCCUGUUUUAUGUUAGCUAAUAUUUUACACAGAUAUUAUGUGUAACUGUGCAAUAUUUCAUUUUUAUAUAUGAAUUCUAUAUGUUAGAAUUCAAAAUUGGAUAUUUAACACAAAUAUUGUGUAGAAUCAAAGUCGGUACUUACCUUUAAAAUAUGUAUGAUACCGGUUUUAAUUCAGGUAAUUAAAAAUCUACAAAUUACAGAAAGAAAUUAUAUCAAUUCAUAUAUAGGAUAUAUAUAAAAUUUUUAUAAUUACUUGUUAAGGUAUAGAAUUUGUAUCAUUAUAAGAAGAAAAUCCGAUCUGCAAUGUUAACAUAAUAUAAAAUUGAUGAUUUUAUAUUUAAAUGUAUUUGCAUACAUUGAGUUUAAAUAUCAUUAUAUUUGUAAAUAUCUUUUUGAAAGGUAUUAGAUUAAUCCUUCAAUAGAUUAUUAAAUAUUACAAUAAUGGAACAAUUUUUUGGGAAGAAGCAAAUAAUAGGAUGUAAAACGAGAAGAGGAAGUGGCUGUAAAUUCCCAUAGAAUCAAUCUUUAUUCUUAAAAAAAUACACUUUCACCUUGCCUCUAUCCUCUCUUCUUCUCCCUUCCAGUUUGUGAAUGGUAGAAGUAGCAGCAUGACAUCGUACGAUCUCUAUUCCCCUAGUGUUACAAAUUAUCGAUCUUUCCACCUUUGUACCUGUAGCGCAUCUCCUUAGAGUAGUUAAUGAGUGUGAGCCUUCGUUCAAGAAUAAAAAAGAAAAAAAAUAAUAUUGCGAGCUAUUCGCGAUUUUGGAAAGAUCAAGUAACUGCAUCAGGAAGAUGAUGAAGUCGCGAAAUGACAUGCUAUAUAUAGGAAGAAAACGAAAAAAAAAAAAAAAAAAAAAAA